AUGACUAUACUUUUACUCAAGUUCGCUGACGUGAAUACAGAAUCAUCAGCGCAACAGCAGUACUACGAUUAUCCCGCUGAUCAGCAACAGAGCGCCCACUAUAAGAGAAAAGAACACCAUAGGAUUCGACACCAUCUCAGCCGGCGGCACUUAAACUACAGACAGCAAUUACGAUUUUCACAGACACUAUACACCCAGUCCGUGCCUGAGAACAUACCUCUACACACCUCUAUUCUAAAGGUCCAGGCAUCCGACCCCGGAGCAGACGGCGACGGGGUUAUCAAGUAUCACGUAAGCGACACGGAUAAUUUCAAAGUAGACGAGGAGGGUGUUCUCUAUAACAUCCGGCCGUUGGAUUAUGAGAGAACUUCAGGCCAGUAUAGGGUACAGAUCUCUGCGGAGAGUCAAGGAGCAAAGCAAUGGGGGAGGAGAAAGGUCGUUACAACAGCCCUCAUAUACGUCACCGAUGCCUCAGAACCGCCAUAUUUCGACUCUUCACAUUAUUACUAUUAUAUUCCGGAGUUUGCUGCCCCUGGCACGUUCGUAGGCAAAGUCAUAGCACGAGAUGACGAUAACGAUUUCGACAGCUACUCUCUAGACGGCGUCGAGCCUCCGAAUAUGUUCACCGUCGACACCCUCCAAGGUAUCAUCAGCGUGGGACAGACGCCGCUCGGGAAGCAGUGGGUCUACCUGUUUCAGGCCAGGGCGACGGACUACCAGGGUCACGUGACCUCUGUUCCUGUCACCGUUUAUAUCAUAGGUCAGUCUUUCCGUGUCAGAGACGGCUCAUGA